CUAAUAGAAAUAAGCAUGCUAAUCAACACUUAAGUAAUAAUUUAAUAAUUAACAAUCAUAUCAUGUUGUUUACAAAAUUUGGUCUAAAAAUUUGAUCUAUCUAAUAUUACCCAUUUAAAAAACUAAGAAUUUUUAUGAAUUGAAAGUGAUCUUAUAGUGUAUUUUAGACUUUAGCAAAUCAAGUAUCUCCCUAAAAUUUUGAAUGAUUUCACAUGAACUCCCUGAAAAUGGAAAGUCACAAGUCAUAAAAUCGUUGCAAAAAAAAAAAAAAAAAAUCAUAAAUCCUACGGUGGAGUAAACAGCCAAGUCAAUAUUCCUUCCAACAAAUCGUGCGGUCCAAAUUCGAGACGGUAGCCAAAUCAACCUCGUAUUUCGCUAUCGGAUCAGUCUGACCACGACUCCAAUAAAUCCAACUGCCACCACGCUUCCAAAUCAAUCCAACGGACACCCAAUCAUCUACGUCACCGAUCCUCAUGCAACCCAUCCACCAAUCAGAACCAACUACCGGUCACUAUUUAAACCAACCGCGCUCUCCUCCCCUCCACCAGAAUACCUGAAUUCACUCCCUCUCCCCGCAAAAAUCCGUUCCAACUUCCCUUCAUCGCAUCCUUUCCGAUUCAACAAAAAACCACCCUGAAAUGGCGCCAACGAAGGCCGAGAAGAAGCCGGUGGCGGAGAAGGCACCGGCUGGGGAGAAGAUGCCGACGAAGGCGGAGAAGAAGAUCCCGAAGGAAGGCGGCUUGGAGAUGAAGAAGAAGAAGAAGGUGAAGAAAUCGACGGAGACGUACAAGAUAUACAUCUUCAAGGUGCUGAAGCAGGUCCACCCGGACAUCGGGAUCUCCAGCAAGGCCAUGGGGAUCAUGAACAGCUUCAUCAACGACAUUUUCGAGAAGCUCGCUCAGGAGGCGUCACGUUUGGCCAGGUAUAAUAAAAAGCCAACGAUCACGUCGAGGGAGAUCCAGACCGCCGUCAGGUUGGUGUUGCCCGGCGAGCUUGCCAAACACGCCGUGUCUGAGGGCACCAAGGCCGUUACUAAAUUUACUAGUUGUUGAUUUUCUUUUUAAUUUUUGUAAUAGGCUCUGUUUGAGAACGUCUUUUUUUGUGUUAAUAUUAUUUUUGACGUGAAUAAUAUAAUGCAUGCAGUUGUUUUUAUGUAA